CGGCGCCCGAGUUCCCCGUAGGGCCCCGCCUCGGAGCGGGCGGCGGUGGAGGAGGAGACUGAGGAGCAGGAUGGCGGCCUCGGCCCUGUACGCCUGCACCAAGUGUACCCAGCGCUAUCCCUUCGAGGAGCUCUCCCAGGGCCAGCAGCUCUGCAAGGAAUGUCGGAUUGCGCAUCCUAUUGUAAAAUGUACUUACUGCAGAUCAGAAUUUCAACAAGAGAGCAAAACUAAUACAAUUUGUAAGAAGUGUGCUCAAAAUGUGAAGCAAUUUGGCACGCCUAAGCCUUGUCAGUACUGUAACAUAAUUGCUGCAUUUAUUGGUACAAAAUGUCAGCGUUGUACAAAUUCAGAAAAAAAAUACGGACCACCUCAGACCUGUGAACAGUGCAAACAACAAUGUGCUUUUGAUCGAAAGGAGGAAGGAAGAAGAAAGGUUGACGGAAAGUUAUUAUGCUGGCUCUGUACUUUAUCAUACAAGAGAGUUUUGCAGAAGACAAAAGAACAAAGGAAGAGCCUGGGAUCUUCACAUUCAAACUCCUCUUCUUCAUCUCUUACCGAGAAAGACCAGCAUCAUUCAAAACAUCAUCACCACCAUCAUCACCAUCACCAUCGUCACAGCAGUAGCCAUCACAAAAUCAGCAAUCUGAGUCCAGAACAAGAGCAGGGACUGUGGAAACAGAGCCAUAAAUCCUCUGCAGCAAUUCAGAAUGAAACUCCAAAGAAAAAGCCCAAAUUGGAAUCUAAGCCAUCUAAUGGAGAUAGUAGCUCUAUAAAUCAGUCAGCAGAUAGUGGGGGAACUGACAAUUUUGUCCUUAUAAGUCAACUGAAAGAAGAAGUGAUGUCACUUAAACGUCUCUUACAGCAGAGAGACCAGACCAUUUUAGAAAAAGAUAAAAAGCUAACUGAACUAAAGGCGGACUUUCAGUACCAAGAGUCAAAUUUGAGAACAAAGAUGAACAGUAUGGAAAAAGCUCACAAAGAAACUGUGGAACAACUUCAGGCCAAAAACAGAGAACUACUCAAACAGGUCGCAGCAUUGUCAAAGGGUAAAAAGUUUGACAAAAGUGGAAGCAUACUAACAUCUCCUUGAGAAAAUAGUUAUUCAUGUAGUGUUUCUGCUGAAAAUGUAAAUUUGAGAAAAAUUCUGUGAAGCCCUUAAAUUCUGUGUAGUGGAGAAAUAUUUUUGCACACCAGAUGAAUUGGCGUGUUUCCUAUUCACUUUUAUAACUGAUAUACAGCAUUUUUUAAGUUGUAAAACAUUCAAAUAAAACUUCAACUGGCUUGAAGUUAAUUUUUAAUGAUUUGAUAUCCAGGAACUUUUUUGCCAGCAAUAGUAUUAAACACUUGUAAAGGAGUGCAUGAGUCGUGCCCUUUAUAAAAUGCAACAUGCAAUAAUAGAGUGGAUGAUGGUGUUCAGAAGUCAGAGCAGCAGGGCUUUCGGUUUGUUUUGGUUUUGUUUUUACACUAUGCUGAUUUCGGAUAAACAGUUUUCAAUUUAGAAAUACAAAAGCUUUUAAACAAGGAAAAUGGUAAACACUGGUUUUUUUUUAGUAAUUGUGUUUUUACUUUGCAUCAACAUGAAUUUAGGAGAAAAUCAUGGUGCUUUUAUUAAAUGAACUUCAGAGUAUAUGUAAAUAUGUUUUUAAAAGUUACAUCAUUAACAUUAGUUAGUUAACUAGUAUUUUCAUUAUUGGUAUAGGAAUUAAUGUUUACUGUACAGUAUCCAAGGUAAAAUGUGUUCUGUUUUGUACAAACUACUGUAGAUUUUUACUUACAAGUGCCUUUUUGCCACCUAAUGUUUUUAUUUAUAGGAAUGCCAAUCUUUUGUACAUACAGUUUGUUUUAAAAUCAUGUUUAAUAAAUGUUUGUAUAUAAAUGCAUAUGUACAGAAGCCUAUUUCAAAAGGAAAUCAAAGUUGUUAGUAAAAUGUUUGAGAUUCCAUUAAGAACCGAUAAUGCAUAUAGACUCUAGAUGAUUUUGUUGUUUGUUUCUGUGUGAUAUGAGAAGCUGUUGGUCACUGAAUUCAUUGAAUUAUGUAAAAUACUUCCCCAAAGAUUUAAUUUUAAAUCAUUUCUGAUAGAGUAAUUUUAUUUUUUAUGUCAUACGGCUUCAUGUUCAUAUUUCGUGAGUCACAUGUUCUUUAUUUUUUCUUUUAUAAAAGUUUUUAAAAAUUUAUAAUUUUUCUGCAGUGGUCCAUAUAUCUGCUUUCCUUAUAAUAUGUGGUUAUCUAAGUUAAUAUUUAUGUACACCAUAUUUGAUUUGUAAGUUUAAAGCAAAUCUGGAAAAAUUUAAAUAAAUCAAUCCAUGAGUAUCUUUGAAUAAAUUGGAAUCUACUGUAAGAUACAGGCACUAUUUAUAAGAAAAUUAUAUCAGAGUCUUUAAAAUUGUCUAUAAAAGGUUAAGUAGGUUGGGAUAGGUUAUGUAAAGUUUUUGACUAAUUAUUUUCUGAUCCAUUGGUUUUCAGCCUUUAAUGCAAUUGAUCUCCUUAGUAAAUUCAAGUUCAGACUUUCAGUUCAAUUGUGAAGCAUCAGGCAAUGCUAGAUAUACUGUAUAGAGUGGGAGAGAGUUCCUUUUCUUGGGAAUUUAUGGGCAAGGAUUAAAUUUAAGUAAAUUUAAUAAAUUUAUUAGUUUUUAAGUUGUUUUUAAACUGAUUAUAAAUGUCAGGUCAAAGAUCAUCUUUUCUCAGAACACAGGAUGGUUAUAAUAAUUGUUCUUAACAUAACCAAUGUUUCAGGAGAUGAUUCCUGCAGUUUUUCAUUAUAUGUUGAUAUCAAAUAAUUCUUUAUCCAAUUUGAAAACAUUAUCUAGGGUAAUUUUGAAGUAAUAUAGCAAAAGAUUGAAUCAAUCAAACUUGACUUGGAAAAAUUAAACCAGUUUAUUUUUAUGAGCUCUUCAUGCAAUAAUCUUCCUAAAUUUAGUAUUCUCAACAGUGAUAGAUAAUGCCUUCUUAACACAGAUUUUAAUGUUUGCAGGAUUUGCUAAAUUCAUAAGGUAGUCAUUACCUUUCUUUAAAAUUAAUACUUUUAUAUUCUGGUUUCAUAGCCAAUAAUCAAUCCACAGUGCUCAUUAUAGUUUUAAAGUAAACUAUGUAAUAGUUCUUAUAACAUGUUGGAGCUGCUACUAAAAACCAAGGUGCCCCUUCCCCUUUUUUAGAAAACAGAUUAAAAAUUGAAGACUCAGUCUCAGUCAUUAAGCUUUGUAAAUUCUAAGGCUAAAACUUUUUAGGGGCUUCACAGUAUUUAGUCCUAAUUAAAUGCCCUCUCAUUAUUCCAUGACCUUAUUUUAUAACUUAAUUUUUUUGCAAUUGUAUAAACUAGUAAUUGAGUCCCAGUCCUGGAUUUGUAGUGUAUUGACAUAAUGAGCUGAUAUUUAAAUGUGGACCUGUAAGGAGA